AUGUCGAUUGUGGCUUUCUUAAGUGACGUCACCAGUUUGUUUAGAUACGAGACCGAAGAAAUUCAAAAUCUCAUUGAAGAAGAAGCUGGACAUUUCUUUCCAGGAAAAAACAAUUUGGAUACCAUGUUGCAAAAAGAAAGUACUGUACGUGAUUGGCUACGCAGAGUAAAUCGGGCCAGUCGAUGGUAUAAUGAAAAGUUAUCACAAGCCACGUGGAACUACGAAACGAAUAUAACCAAGACAAGUAGUGAACAGCUGGCCAACUUGUCUGAGUGGUUUGAUCAGUGGACAUUGCGUCGUGCAGAGGAAGCCAGACAGUAUUUAAAAGACCAAUAUCGUUUCAAACAGGACACAUUCAGGCAGCUCAAAUUUAGGGCCAUGUCUGCAACUCCGGAUAAUGCAGGUAUAUUGAAACAAAUAUACAGUCAGCGUGAACAUAUGGCUACAGCCUAUGCCAGCGCAAAGGUCUGCAGAAUUACGAAGUGCAUGUCGCUAGAACCGGAAUUAAUAAAAAUCAUGGCGGAAAGCAGAGACCCGGAUGAACUACUCUGGGCAUGGCACGGCUGGAGAAAUGCUGCUGGACGUCCCGUUCGGAACAAUUUCAAAACUUACAUGGAACUGUUGAAUGUUGGAGCAAAACAGAAUGGUAUUUUUUUUUAUCUUUUAAGAACGACAAAACCUUUUCAUUUCUUUCCUUUUGCUCACUGCUCUCGAAUAGUUGGAGAGGCAUAUAUAGGGGGGAAAAAAGAGCAUCAACUGCAAGUGGGUCUGUUAGUCGGCGGAGGUACCGGGCUUUUGAAGCUUUUUUCUUUUCUUCCACGCUUCUUUCCACGGCUUCAUUCUUCAAGGGAAUUCCUUGUCACCCCGUCGGUUGCUUUUGCCUAUAACAGAUGA